AUGGCCACUGCUCAACUCUCUCAUGCCAUCAGAAUUCAUAAGGCAUCUAAGGAAACAGUUUUCCCAUCCCAAAUUACUAAUGAGCAUGAGUCACUGAUAAUGGUGAAGAAACUUUUCGCUACUUCUAUCUCAUGCAUAACAUAUUUAAGGGGCCUGUUUCCAGAGAGCUCUUAUGGAGAACGCCAUUUGGAUGACCUCAGUUUAAAAAUCCUCCGAGAAGAUAAAAAAUGUCCUGGGUCACUGCAUAUUAUCAAAUGGAUUCAAGGUUGUUUUGACGCUUUGGAAAAGAAAUACCUACAUAUGGCAGUACUUACACUUUACACAAAUCCCAAGGAACCUGAGAAAGUGACUGAGAUAUACCAGUUCAAAUUCAAAUACACAAAAGAAGGAGCCACUAUGGAUUUUGACAGCAGUAAUACAAGCUUCGAAAGUGGAACAAAUAGUGAAGAUAUUAAGAAAGCUAGUGUUCUACUGAUUCGUAAAUUGUAUAUAUUAACGCAGAACCUUGGACCCCUUCCUAAUGAUGUUAUACUUACUAUGAAGCUCCACUACUAUAAUGCAGUGACCCCACAUGAUUACCAGCCCCCUGGUUUUAAAGAAGGGGUAAAUUCACACUUCCUGCUCUUUGAGGGGGAGCCUGUAAACCUUCAAGUGGGAAUAGUCUCAACUGGCUUUCAUAGCAUGAAAGUAAAAGUUACAACCGAAGCCACCAGAGUGUCUGAUUUGGAGAACAGUCUCUUUCAGGAGAACAACACUACUGAGAUUGCCCAUCAGGGUCUAGACUGCGAUGAGGAAGAAGAAGAAUGCAACAACCACAUUCAAAGAAUGAAUUUAGUAUACAGUCAGCAAAGUUCUGAGCGCUCCAGGAAGAAGAGGAAGGUCAGCGAACCAGUGAAAGUUUUCAUCCCUGACAGAAAAUGA